GCGGUGGUGGUUUGUCACCGGCCUCCCGGGCCGCGGUAAACAUGUGGAAUGACAUUGAACUUCUUGCAAAUGAUGACACAGGGGGUGUGCAGCUCCCUGUAGGUUUAGGACACGAAUGUGGAACUGCAUUGUACCAAGUGGAUACGCUACUUCAAAUCACAUCUUCAGAAAAGGUCUCUGUUAAUCCGCAGUUGUAUGCAUGCAACUCAAGGGGUGGCAGUAUUAUUGUUGUUGACGGAUCGGUGGCGCUUCUUGAUAGUACUGGGCAGUCUCUUCAGAUGCACAUUCAGUUUGAUACUAAUGUGGAUGUAGUUGGUAUGUGUCAAGAAAAACAAUUUAUUGUGGUCGGUGAGAGAAGUGGCAAUUUCCAUCUUAUUCACAUACCAUCAAAACAAACCUUGCUAACCAAGAUUUUGGUUGAAAAAUCUUCAAGUGAAAAGACUUACUAAAAUAUCUAUAUUGAAAAAGAUAAUGCAGAUGCAGGUGUUUAUCAUAUGUUCAUUCUCACAAGCAAUGGAUUCUUCUGCAUUAUGUGUCUCCCACUUGCUAAAACGCGGGAAGGUAGGAUGACCUACAAACCACUUGGGAUUUCCGUUUGAACAGGAAGAGCUUUACAAGGACAGAUAAAGACAGCUUUCAUUUCCACAGCAGAGUAUCACAACCUCGGCUGUCAGAAUUUUGUGAUAAAUAACUCAGUGAACAAAAUCCAUUUGAUAAUUGGGGGUAAAGGUGAUUAUGCGCUCUCCAAAUGGGAGGUAGACAUGACCAAUAACCUGGUGUCUGUUCGAAGUUUUGCUGAUUCAAGUCUCAUCAAAGAUGCAGUGAAACUUCAAGUUCUUGACAAUCUGCUGUUUGUUUUAGAUACAGAGAAUAUCUUAAGCAUGUGGGAUGUUUAUUCUCUUACGCUAAUUUGGGAUUGGCCUUUAAUACACAUUGAAGAAUUUCUUCUAAGUACAGAGUCAGAUUCUUCUCCAGUCAUAUGGCAAGGGCUUGCCAAUGUUAAACUGAUAGUCAUGACAAUACCGGAUAACAAACAGAUGAGAAGUCUAAUGGUUUUUGCGUUGCCCACUAUGCAACCACUCUAUUCUUUGGAAGUAUCUAUUGUUUCUUCACUUGUUCAAAGUGGGAUUGGCACAGAUACAAUAUACUUCUUGGAAGGAAUUCAUGAAAAACAUCAGAUACCCUCUGAAGGCCCGGUUUCUAUUGUUGUGAUGAGAAGUUUAACUGAAGCCUUGCCGGAAAAUAGACUAAGUCGCUUACUUCACAAACACAAAUUCACCGAAGCAGAGAAUUUUGCUAUUCAAUUUGGACUGGAUGUUGAGCUUGUAUACAAAGUGAAAGCAAACACUAUUUUAGAGAAACUUGCUUCAGCUUCUGUUGGGAGUUAUGGUCAUGAAGUCUGGCUGGAUCUUGUUAAUGAAGCCAAAGAAAAUUUGCAAAAAAUUCAGGAUAGCCAAUUUGUUGUGGAUUACUGCAUAAAUGCUCCAUGGCCACUAUAUGAAACCACUCAAGAAAUGUUGAACUACGCUAAAGUCAGAAUCUUGAAGAAAGACGAUAGAACCAUUGCUCCAUCAUCUGAUGGGGCUCCGGUAUCCAUAACUGAGGUAUUGAGAGCUCAGGCAAGGCUUACAACUUUUUAUGGAGCUUUUGGACGAGAGAAAUUCAGUGGUAUUGCUUGGACAGAAUUCUUGAAUAAUGAAGACAUUUUCAAGAAUAUCCUUUUUCAGCUAGGAGAAGGAAAUUUAUCUUGUGCACAGUACCUCUGGCUUAGACAUCAGGCAGAUUUUGAAAGCAGCUUUAAUGAGAAAAUGCUGGAGAACUUGCUUAAUGCCAUCCAUUUCACUGUUCCUUUGAAGGAACUAUGUUUGUGGCUUAAAAAUGUUGUGAUCCCUUUCUUAAGAAGAGUUGUGCCAAAGGGACAGAAAAUAUUAGCAAAAUGGCUGGAACAAGGUGCUCGAAACCUUGAAUUAACUGAUAAGGCAAAUUGGCCAGAAAAUGGACUCCAAAUGGCAGAGGUUUUUUUUACAAGUAAAUAUCAAGGUGAAAUGGGACUGACAACUUUUCUCCAGUGGACUCCUUUGAGAUGUGGUGACUGUGAAGAGGUACGUAGGUUGAAGAAGCUGGUAAAUGAUUUACAGGAACUGAUAAAUCUGUACAGAAAAUACAACUGCAGGCUGGCACUCUGUGAUUUUGAAAAGGAAAAUGCAAAUACUAUUGUGUUUCGCAUGUUUGAUAAAAUUUUGGCACCAGAGCUUGUCCCAUCCAUUUUGGAGAAGUUUAUAAAACCGUACCUGUGUGAACAUAAUCUACAAAAGGAUGAACUUCUUCUACAGUAUAUAAAGGAUUUGCUAGAACGUUGUCGUACACGGUCUGCUUCAGUAUUUGAAACUGCAUGGGAGGCAAAGGCAAUAGCUGUCAUUGGCUGUAUCUCUGAUACAGAUCUGAAAUUUGAUGCAGUUCUACAGAUAAUGCAUGGUGCUAUGGUACCAUGGAGUGCAGCAGUGGAGCAGCUGGUAAAACAGCAUUUGGAAAUGAAUCAUGUCAAAGUAAAGUUACUGCAGGAAAGUUACCGACUGAUGGAGAUGAAGAAGCUUUUGCGAGCCUAUGGGAUAAGAGAUACUAAUCUUUUAAAGGACAAGCAGAUGAUAAUGAGGCUAGUGAAAUACAUUCUUAAACAAGAUACCCCUACUUCUUUGGAGGAUGCUUUGAAAAUUGUAGCGGCAUAUAUGUUGCCCACUGUGGAAGUCUACAUUUUGAGGAUGAUAGACCUGAUUGACAAAGAAAGGGGAGAGGAAUCUCUGACUUUGUUAAAAUCUCUGACUCCUGCUGAAGCUGAGAAAGUUGCAGAGAGACUGACUGUAUGGGGAACACUGGUAUUACAGAAUAAUGCAGAUAAUUCUGAAGAGCACAAAACACAAAUGUUUAUGACUAAGACCCUUGUGGAAAUCCUUAAAUUCCUGUUCAGCAUUCAAAAAGACAAUCCUCUGAAGAAAGAUGAAUGUGAAGCAAACCUAAAAAUGUUUGAAACACUUGCUACCCUGCAGGAAGAUUUUGAUAUCUUUCUCUCAGUCAAAGAAUUCAGGAAUCCUUCACUGAUGUCUAGGCUUCUUGAGAAGCACAUAAAAGCUUAUGAAACUGUCAGAUCUCUGUCAAAGCCUAGGAGAGUGCAAACAAUGAAUUGUAAUUCAGAAGAUGGUAAAACCAAGAACCGUUCUACUGAAUCAGGGUUGUAUAGACUGGCUUUGCUCCUGCAAAGGUCAGAGCAAGAACUGGGGGAAAAACUGGCCUUGAGAGCACUAGAUGCUGGAAAAGUUGAAGACGCUGUAAAAAUAUGCAGAAAUUUGCUAUUAGAUUCUCUAGAACUAUGUAAAUAUACUUUGGCUGCCAAGGAAAUUUACAGACAGUGCCAAAUAGAAAAUUAUGGAUUUACAGCAAAGGUAUCUUUUGGAGGAGAUAAAGAUCCUUAUGAAGAGUGGACUUACGAUGACUUCUUUAAUGAAGACGGGAUAGUUCUUGAUCCACAGAUAGCUCUUCCAGUUGCAUAUGAAACUAUUUCUUCUCUUCUGCCUGUUUAUGAGAACAAGCUGUAUCCUUUGGACUCUACAAGCCUGGCAAACUGUGCAUUUAUUAAAGGACAGAACCUUCUACUACCAGCUAGAACUCCCAUCUGUGCAGUGCUACAGAACCUCAUGGAGUGCAGUCAGUGCGAGUUAGCUUUGCGGCUAAUAGUCUGUUCAUUUGGAUCCUGUCUUCAGCAUGGUGUAUCAAAUAACAUGGAUUUGUCCCUGGGUGAAAAGCUACAUGAGGGCAAUAUGCUAGCUGAAACGAAAAGCUUUCUCAUUGCUAUGAAACAGAAGUGUACUUCAGUAAUUAUGACCACUAUCCUGACCUUACUACACAAGGUGUUCAACUGUCGUCUCAUAGACCAAAACCUGGCAUUGGGAUAUUGCACAAUUUUGCCCAAGGAAGAUAUGUUCAAUAAGCUGUGGCACGUCAUAAACAAUACAUGGCAAAAUUACAGAAAAGUUUUGGCAGUAGCUCUGGUUGGAGCACAGCUUGCUAACCAAUGUGGUGAAACGGAAGAAAAAAAAAAAUUCCAAGAAUUGGUUACUGAUGCAGAAUGGGGUAUCCUGCUUAGUAAAUUUGGUAUUUCUUUCGAGACCGUAUUUAGACAACCACCAAUAAGGAAGAAGGAACUCAUAAGAACACUGGUACAAAAUCCGAAAGUAGACACAGAUCUCAUAUUGAAUUAAGGUAGUACUUUCAUGCUGGACAGUGAUGCCGCACUGCAGCUUUGCAUUGAAACACUUCUUCUCCAGAAUGCUAAUACAAAUCAUGUUGAAGAUGACUCUGGAGAAUACAGUGAGAAGCAACCUCAUUCCACAUUACUAGCUAGAGCACUAGAAAUAAUUCCUCUACUGAAAAGCACGAAAGACCUGGUCACUAGCCUCAGUGGAAUAUUGUACAAGCUUGAUCCUUAUGACUAUGAAACUAUUGAAGUUGUCCUGAAAGUGAUACAAAAUGCUGAUGAAAAGAACACAAGUAUCCAGCUGAAUCAGGCUUUGAGCCUCCUCAAACAUCUGGAAUCUUACAAAAGAAUUUCUCCACCUGUGGACCUAGAACACCAAUAUGUUUUAGAGCAUGUGAUUCCCUUAUCUCCAGCUGCUCAAACCAGACUGCCCUUUCAUCUGAUAUUCUUUAGAACUGCACAAAGUUUCUGGAACAUUAUAUCUGCAGAGCUCAGUGAGGAAUCCUUCCCAACACUUCUGUUGAUUUCCAAACUAAUGAAGGUUUCACUGGAUACCUUGCACAUGUCUGCAGCUCGACAUGUCUUUGAAAAAAAUUUAAAACCAAAAAUAUUUGAAAUGAGAAACACUGGAUAUACAUCAGUUGUUAACAAGGAAACAACUAAAACUGUGCAGACAAUUCAGUCAUAUCUGCUGUCUAUAAUUAAUCCAGAGUGGGCUGUAGCUAUUGCUCACAAGAUUGCACAAGAAUUUCCAACAGGUCCUGACCAGAUUCAGGCAUUGAAAUUCUGUCUCUAUCUAGCUGAGAAAUGGCUAAAGAAUACUACAGCUAAGGAUGAUUCACGUGAAAAAGCAGAAGUCCUACAGAAGAAAUUAUAUAUGCAGUAUAAGCGAUCAGCAACAGAAAACGUUCUAAUAACACAUAACUUGAACACUGGAGAGCAUUUAAAGUCUAUUGGGAAACCAGCAAAUCUUAUCAUUUUACUGUACGAACACCACAGUAUAGACCAAAGAAUCCAAAAUCCAACUGGCAGGGAUUAUCCAGAUAUCCAUGUGGCAGCUAAGGAGAUAGCUGAAAUCAAUGAUUUGGAUAUGAACAAAAUUUGGGAUAAACUGCUGGAUAAAUGGCUGUGUCCAAGUAUACUGCCCUCAGAAAAAACUCAAGAAAUCUUUGGAGGUGUACAGGAAGAUGAAGAACUCCGAAGAGUUAUAUAUCUACUUCAGUCACGCCCAAUGGAUUAUAGUUCAAGAAUGCUUUUUGCAAUUACAACAUCUGCCACAUCUCCGAUUGGUGUUACUCAGUUGACGUUCGCUCACAGGAGCAGAGCACUUAAGUGUCUGCUCUACUUGGCAGAUACCAACACUGUGGAAUCACUCUUCAAGAAACCCAUUGAGAAAGUGAAGUAUUUUCUAAAAUGCUGCAUUUAUCUGGCAGAGUUUGAAAUCUUAAAUAUUCCAUAUACUUAUGAAUCAUUUCAUAAGAGUCCUAAGGAAGGAAUGAUUAAAGGGCUAUGGAAGAAUCACAGCCACGAACCCACAGCUGUUAGACUGGUGGCAGAACUUAGUCUAGAAUACAAAGUGUAUGAUUCCCAACUGUGGAAUGGCCUACUACAGAAACUCCUUGGUUUCAAUAUGAUUCAAUAUCUAAGAAGAGUUUUGAUAGCAAUUACUGGGAUUCAUUCAUUAUGGGAGAUUCCCAACUUCAGUCGAGCUUGGCGAAGUGUAGUUCUGUCACCAUUUCUCACAGCUUCAUGUCCACCAAGUCCUAAACAGUUAGAGGAAUGUUGCGAGUGUUUUGUGAUUCUGCUGAAGUGUCCUGUUCUGGCUGACUUGGAUGUCAUCGGAAUAGCUAAACAAUAUGCACAGUUGGACCUUCCAGCUUUUGCUUUGGGGUGCCUGUUGCUGAUUCCUCAGUCUGAGAAGCGAGAGCAGCAAAUUCAGGGUUUCUUAUCAACAUGUAACACAGAAACUGUGCUGCAACAAAUAGAUGAACACAUGAACACUGGAGAAGUAGUGGCAUUUGCUUCUCAGAUUAGAUCCUUGGUUUUGGACAGUAUCAUAAAUGAGAAGCUCUAUGAAAAAUUCUUGAAAACGAAGUAUUUUCCACUGUUGAAGCAACAACUGAUGAAUACUCACCGAAUGAAAGAACUGGUGGAUUAUUUUGCUAAAAAGAACUGCAUUGAUGAUGCAACAGCCCUAAUUCAAGAAUAUCAAGAGAAAUAUGGAAAUCCUACUCUGGUAGACAUACCAUCAUCUGAUCUUCUGAAGAUGUAUCUGAAUGGACCAGAGGAGACCUGUGUACUAGAACCGUCAUCGAUAAGAUCUUGAUUUACCCUUUUCUCCCUCUACUGGCAAGAUGAGGGCCAUGCCUUGAGGAUGCUUGUACUGGUUGAGUGAACGUUAAACUAAAACCUCAAUGCUCUCUUACCAAAAGCUACCCUGAGCUUUCCACAUUUUUUUUUAACUGUUCUAG